AUGGCUGGAAACACGUCGACCGACAUCUUGGUCACUAGGUUCCAAUCACCCGACUACAAUCGCCUUUACCUCGACAAAGCCACCAAUGCCGUCAACAAGCAAGUCCUCUUCCGAGGCCUCUACCAAGGCGUCGGCAGCGUCAUCAUAGCCACCCUCCCCUCUUGUAUCCCACCCUCGAACACCCAUAUCUCAAUGAGUCCAUCUCUGACCUUGUUCAGCANNGGAGCCUUUUUCACUACCUACGAAGGCGUCAAGUCUACCUUUACCAAGUACAACCCUACCUUCUCUGGCUCUUCACCUCUCCUCCCUCAACCCAUCAUUCACUCCGCCGCAUCCUCGAUCGCAGAACUGGUCUCUUGUGCCAUCCUCACCCCUGCCGAGGUAAUCAAGCAAAAUGCUCAGAUGGUCGAUACAGCAAAAGGCGACAACAAGGCCAAUGCAACUCUCCAAACCCUCGCCAAAUUCAGAUCCAACCCGCUGGCUUUGUGGAGAGGCUACACAGCACUGGCAGGCCGCAACCUACCUUUUACAGCUCUGCAAUUUCCCAUCUUCGAGCGUCUGAAAGAAGGAAUAAAGAAACACAGAGAAGACAGAGGAACACGGACAAAUACACUGCUGGAAAACGGCUUGAUCACUGCCGCCAGUGCAGGCUCAGCUGGUGCCUUUGCCGCAGUGGUGACCACCCCAGUCGACGUCGUCAAAACACGCAUCAUGCUCGCCGCAGCAUCAAGUGCAGCCGAAGACCAAAACAGCAACACCCCAAAGUCAAAACCCAAUUCAAACAGCCCCGUCGACGCCCUAGGUCGCUCCACCCAAAGCAAAGGAGAAAACCUCAAAGACGCACUUCAGAACAGCAAACAAGGCCUCAAAGACGCAAUCCAGAAUGUCGCAAAGCCCGUGUCGAGAAAGGGCAGCAUACAGAUUGCCAAAGAGAUCAUCGCUGAUCAGGGUGUCAUCAAGGGCCUUUUCCGUGGCGGUGCUUUGAGGGCUGUGUGGACGUUGAUUGGAUCUGGACUCUAUCUUGGUGUCUAUGAGAGUGGGCGUGUAUAUCUGGCCCAGCGACGGGGCGAAGACAUUGAUAAUGAGGAUAUAUGA